AUGGCAUCCGCAUUCAGUUUCGGCUUCUCUGGUGACGAUAUCGAUAUCGAUGUUGAUGAGAAUGAGGUCAACAAUGCCACUGAGACCAACAUCCAAGAAGCCGGCGCCUCGACGCUCCCAGAGCUUGUCAAGGCUCAAAAACAUGAGAUUGAUGAAUGGCUCUCCACACUUCCAUCGCAAAUAUCAUACAGCACGUGCAUUAUAUCUCCCGCAAAAGAUGGUGCUGCGGGACCAAGCACGAGUACAGGAAAUGGAAUAGCCACUGUCACUGUUGCCCGCCGAGAUGUUUUUGAUAUCCGUGCUCAGCUGAUGGUGGAGGAUAGUGCGGAAGAGCAGAACGGCGAAUUGAUUGCCGGUCUGGAGAAAGGUGACAUCACGCCCAAUUUCUACGAGGGUGGGUUCAAGACGUGGGAGUGCUCUAUUGAUCUGGGCACCUUGGUAAUUGGGGAAGGUGUGGGCUUAGGGAAUCAGGACGGACAUGUUGUUGAGCUUGGUUCGGGGACGGCUGUGCCCUCGCUGGCGUUGUUCGCCCAGUUGCUCGCCGAGGCAGAGACUACACCAACCUCAGCAGGGAAGAGACGGAUGCACUUCACAUUUGCAGACUACAACUCCGCCGUCCUGCGCCUGGUAACUCUGCCGAAUCUCCUUCUGACAUGGAACUACUUCAUCACACACGGCAAUCCCACACCGACAUCCGAUGAUCCAGCAGAAGACAAUGCAGAAGGUCAAGAUGAAAUGCUAGACAUCACACCUGAGCUUCUAGAGCGCUUUCGAGCUGAUCUCGCGCAUCGAGGCAUCACCGUCUCUUUCAUCUCUGGCGCCUGGUCGCCGUCAUUCGUGGACCUGGUCUUUUCAACGCCGGAGCUCGCGGGAUACAAGACGUUGGUUCUCGCAAGUGAGACAAUUUACUCACCUGCUUCCUUGCUUGCUUUCUCAGAUACGUUGUUGGCGUUACUACUUCGUUCGGAGUCUGGCGGGAGUAGGGCGCUUGUGGCUGCGAAGAAGGUCUACUUCGGCGUUGGAGGAGGUGUCAACGAGUUCUUAGCUGUCUUAAGGGAUGUAGCGGGUGCUGAGGUAGGUGUGGAAGAGCGGAUGGAUGUUAAAUCUGCUGGGGUUGGGAGGAUUAUUCUGGAGGUUAGGGCAAGUCAAUAG